CUGAACUGAGCAAGUGGGAAGAGGAGGAAGCCGCCUGCCAGCAGGCAAUCCAACGCCAGCUGGCAGAGGCAGAGGCAGCACGUCAGCAGGCCACAGUAGAAGCUGCAGAAGCCGCAUGAUUGCAACAGCAGCAGGUCGAGGCAAGUCAAAAUCAAGUUCGUUACCAAGCUACAAUGGAGCUCGCCAACGAAGAAGCCACGUACCGGAGGUUACUCGGACAGCAGCAUUUUCGAGCAAACGAAGAACAAGAGGAGCCGAUCCAGGACAAGAGACACAAGGAGGCCACAACAGUUUUGAUGGAGAAUCUGUUGUACACAUGCAAUUGGCAGCAACGUGAACUGCUGGCCAUGCGGCAGGUCUUCAUCCGCCACGAAGCAACGUUUAAAACACUGGACAAGAAGAUCGCCACCCUGCAGGCCGAGAUCGGCACACUACAGGCCGCCAACAGCAAGCAGCAGACAAUCAACGGCCAGCUGCAGACCGAUGUCAGCACGGGGUUGGCACGAAUGUCGGCAGUUGCGUCGACGGGCAGUGCAGUGGCAGACUGGAGCCCAACUUUGGCCGUGCAGGCCAAGCAACUCGAGGAGCGGAUCAACCACGUGGUAGCAUCCCUCGGCGACAUCAGCAAGUUUGCUGGAGCAUCGACAGUCAGCAAUCAGCUGCAGAUGCUCAGCGACCGCGUUCAACAACAACCGGCCGCUGUCGCCAAGGAAUGGAAGAUGUCGAGCUUCAAGAUUGAGAAGUUCGAUGAUUACCACAAAACCGAUCCGCUGCAGUGGUGGAUGGCAUUCAACGCGGAGGCAGACAUACAUCACGUCCUACCCGAACGGCGGCUUGACGCACUCUACCUCCAACUCAUUUGAGGGGCGCAGGCUUUCAUGACUCGCAUGGCCGUUUCGUUGGAAUGCACCUAGUGAGGACCACGCAGCCGCGUCUACAUCAAGUGAGGGAGAUGUGGCGGCAGCGAUACCACCGCAACGCUCAAGACCCCGAGAGGGAAAACAUAAGGCGAAAUCAACGUCAGCGGAUGGA